CCACAGUUACAGCACAUCCCCUACCCACAACCCCUCUGCUGAAAUCCCAGCCAAAGAAAUGAAGCGUGGCUAAGAGGCAAGGGAGCAAAAUAAGGACAAGGCUCUGCUGUUUACAAGUGUGGUGGCUCUGUGAGUUGUGAGUGUCUACCAUCAUGGCAUCCAUAUGUCUGCCUCUUGCCUCACAGUAUGGAUGUGCCCUCUGGGUGCCAUAGGACACACAACGCUGGCCCAUUGCUGCUGUGGGAUUUCAGCAGGUUGAGCUGUUAUCACACAGACCUCGCUGUGCUGGCUGCUAGCCCAGGCUGUUGGAUUAAGGCUGUAGUAGCACUCAAUUUCACGAGUCCUACAGCAGAGUAACCACUGCCACGCCAACACGAUGCUGUUAGGUCUCAUAGACGUGCCAAACAGACUGCAUCCAGUUUUACUGCUCCUCUCUACAGCUUGGGCAUUGGCUGCGUGGGCAAAACGCCAUCCCGGGCUUGCCUCCUCACAUCCUUCAUCACCUGAGCAGAUCCUUCGUGCCUUCACUGCCUUCUUGUCUCUGAGGGAGCCGGAUCCCUGCCCGGGCUGCAGCCUGCUCCCGUGAGAGCGCUGGCUCCGCACCGACCCCCUCAGUGCCCGCCCGGCUCUGUGAGGGCGGGAAGGAGCGGCGCGUGGCUGCGGUGCUCUGAAGGCGGGAAACACCGGCGCGCGACUGCGGGCUCUGAGGGCGGGAAGGGUCGGCGCGUGGCUGCGGGACGCGGAGGAGCCGCUACAGAGGAGUUGGGCGAAGCUCCACGUUCACCUUCCCACAGCAGGGGAGAUGGGUCAGUUCGGAAGCACGAGAAACAAACCUGGGAAUGCUACCAGCAGCCAGAAUGAGAGCUGUUUCCCAGUUGUUGUGCUUCCCGGAGUUGGCUGUCAGCAGUUCCCACCACGCAGGCAGGAGAGCUGGGUACACCUGACUGAGCAAGGAAGUGACUGGAGCUUUCAGCUGUUCUUCGUUGCUGAGACCUGCCAGCAUGGCCUCUGCGUAGAAAUUCUCCUGGGAAGAGGCCAGAAAGAUUGAUCUUUCAGCAUUUCCUUGACCCAUGCCUCUGUCUGCUUUGCCAGCCCCAGCACAACCUCAGCUCGGAUCUGUCCAUACUAGUGAAGAUGUGGAGGAACGGUUGGUGCCAUCUUUACUUGUCCCUUGGAAGUAAUAAAGACUAGGCUCCAAUCUUCAAAACUGGCCUUUCGGACUGUCUAUUACCCACAAGUCCAGCUGGGGACCAUCAGUGGUGAAGGAAUGGUCAGGCCAACAUCUGUUUCACCUGGGCUCCUUAGCGUUCUUAAGUCAAUUCUGGAAAAAGAAGGACCAAGGUCACUCUUCCGAGGUCUGGGUCCAAACUUGGUUGGAGUUGCACCAUCGAGAGCUGUCUACUUUGCGUGCUACUCCAAAGCCAAAGAGCGAUUUAAUGGCAUUUUUGUACCCAACAGCAACAUUGUGCAUGUCUGUUCUGCAGGUUCUGCAGCCUUUAUCACAAAUACCCUGAUGAAUCCUAUAUGGAUGGUGAAAACCAGAAUGCAACUGGAACGGAAAGUCAGAGGUUCAAAACCAAUGAAUGCUCUGCAGUGUGCUAGAUACGUUUACCAGAUGGAAGGUAUCCGUGGUUUUUAUAGAGGAUUGACUGCCUCCUAUGCUGGGAUUUCUGAGACCAUUAUCUGCUUUGCUAUUUAUGAAAGUUUAAAAAAGCACUUAAAAGAAGUCCAGCUGCCCUCCUCUUCUUCUAACGGAACCGAAAGGAGCUCCACAAACUUCUUUGGACUGAUGUUUGCUGCUGCUGUUUCCAAGGGCUGUGCCUCUUGUAUUGCUUAUCCACAUGAGGUCAUACGGACACGGCUGCGAGAAGAAGGCACUAAGUACAAGGCCUUCAUUCAGACAGCACGGCUGGUAGCACGUGAGGAAGGCUACCUCGCCUUCUAUAGAGGACUUUUUGCCCAGCUCAUCCGGCAGAUACCAAACACAGCCAUUGUGUUGUCCACUUACGAGUUAAUUGUGUAUCUGUUAGAAGACCGUGCGAAGUAGCAGAGCCAAGACUGCUGUUACUGACUGUAGACCAAUGUCCUCGCUGAACAAACAGUCCUUAAUGACUGACGCAGGUUGCAUUGUUGGUGGAAGAACUGCAAGUCUGUGAUCACCUGCUGAAUGUUUUCCUUUUGGAUUCAUGCUUUCUGAAAGGUUUUGAGUCAUUAACGUUAAUAGUUAAUUAUAACUUUUUUUUUAACUUAAUGAUAAUUAAGCAGCUACUAAAUUAAAUUACACUAUUUAAUUUAAGUAUAUGUUUGUCCUUUUUCCUUAAGCACAGCCAUUGUGGUCAAGGAAUGUACCUCAUACCAUCAAAUGGUGUCUUGGACUGAUGUUCAUUAAACUGUAUUAAAACUGAAGAACUGGCUUGGAAUUGUGAAACUUAGUCUUCCUACCACUACAGUUGUAUCAUCUUUUAGCACUAAAGUAAGCUUAUGUCCAGAUAACUUUGACAGGUCUUCUAGUUUAUUUGUGGUACAUCACCUCUUGCUGUGCAAACAUUCUGCAGCGUUCAAGAGGCACAC